AGAAUUGCAGAUUUUUCCGAUUAUUAAUGUCGUUGGUAUGAUUACUCUGGAGGAGGAGCCGGGUUCCUUUGGCCCGUCAGGGUCUUUGCCCUCUGGAUGAGUCGCGACUAUGGAGUAUCGGGGACGGAGUGAGUUCCUGGUCAGGUAUCUUCCGAUUCUAGGGCCCGACUCCGCAGUCAGGAAGACAGAAGUCCAAGAUAUGAGAGUAGGCUCCGUACAUGACUGGUUUCCGCCCCUGAUGACAGCAGCGAGGCAGCGAGGCAGACGAAUCACAAAGGAUGACGAGGCCAGGCGGACUCCCGGACGAAGGAGAGCAGCCUCGAAUAUGCAAGGAGAGCAGCGCCGGGCGGUUAUUGGGAUUGGCCUGCGAAUCAGGAUCAUCCGAUCUAGUUCCCUAAGUGAAGGCGCCGUUUCAAGUCCGGAGGGGUUCCGGAUGACGGUCCUUCUUGGAGGCUUCGACAGGUGGAUCGCAAGAAGGGGAGAUGAAACCAACGCUCCACUUGACUUCUUAUUGAAGACAUUCGCCGUAGCGAGCGAUGGUGACCAGGGUUACAGAGUCGGUUGGUGCUUUUGUUGGAGGAGCUACAUUCCAGGAUGUACUCCGGAGGAGGCUGUGAGAGGAUGGCGCAUGUCAUACCAGCUGGAGGAUCUGACGUGUGAACAAAGGCAGAGAGUUUCACGAGACCAUGGAUACGGAUCGUUCAAGUCAUUCAGACUGUCGAUGUGAUGAGUCGAACCGUGGAUGGCGCAGGCUGGGAUGCAUGACGGCCGUUUCCGCGGCCAGACUGCAUGUAACCGAUCCAAGGGUCCGCCGCUGCAUGACGACUCACAUUGUAGCACUUUCAAUUGGCAUUAAAUAAAUAAAUGAAUCUCAUAUCAU